CACUGUAUUUUUCUCGUAUGAUUAUUAUAUUUUGCAAAAAGUUGAUUCAAUUUGAGUUUACUAAUUUUGUUAUUAUGUCGGAAUUAAAAAAGAAAAUUAUUUUGGCUUACAGUGGUGGUUUAGAUACUUCUUGCAUUUUAAAAUGGUUAAUUGAUAAAGGAUACGAAGUAAUUGUUUACGUGGCUAAUAUUGGUCAAGAAGAUGAUUUUGAUGCUGUUAGAGAAAAGGCAAAUAAUAUAGGUGCUUCGAAGGUGAUUAUUGAAGAUUUAAAAGAAAAAUUCAUCAUUUCUUAUGUAUGGCCAUUGAUAAAAUGUGGAUUAUUAUACGAAGGAAGAUAUUUGCUAGGAACAUCAUUGGCACGUCCUUGUAUUAGCGAAGGGUUAAUUAAUGUAGCGAAAAAAGAAAAUGCGAAAAUUAUUUCUCAUGGAGCAACUGGCAAAGGAAACGAUCAAAUUCGAUUUGAACUUAGUUGUUAUACACUUUAUCCAGAAGUGCAGAUAAUUGCCCCAUGGAGAGAAGCGGAAUUUUUUGAUAGAUUUCAAGGAAGAUCUGAUUUAUUGAAAUAUGCUGAAAAAAAUGGAAUUCCAGUAUCAGCAACACCUAAAGAUCCGUGGAGUAUGGAUGCAAAUCUUUUGCAUAUUAGCUAUGAAUCAGGAAUUCUUGAAAAUCCGAAUAAUUCUGCUCCAAAAAAUUUGUAUAAAUUGACAAAAGAUCAAAUUGAUGCUUCUGAUAAAUUUCAAGAUAUAGAAAUUAAUUUCCUUAAAGGAGUUCCUAAUUUUAUUAAGGAUUGUGAAAGAAAUGAAAUUUUUAGUGGACCAUUGAAAAUUAUGGAAAUUCUUAAUAAAUUCGGUGGUAAUCAUGGAAUUGGAAGAAUUGAUAUUGUUGAAAAUAGAUAUAUUGGAUUGAAGUCAAGAGGAAUUUAUGAAUCACCGGGAGCUAAAAUUCUUCACGAGGCGCAUAAAGAUUUGGAAAUUUUUCUACUGGAUAAAGAAAUCCUGAGACUUAAAUUUUAUCUUUCUGAUAAAAUGUCAGAUUACGUUUACAAUGGUUUUUGGUUCUCACCUGAAUGCGAUUUUGUUAAAACUUGUUUGGAAACAUCUCAAGAAUAUGUUAAUGGAACGGUUCGAGUUCGUCUUUAUAAAGGAAAUGUCAUCAUAAUGGGACGUUCAAGUGAAAUUUCACUUUACAACGAAAGUCUUGUUUCAAUGGAUAUAAAGGGAGAUUUUCAACCAGAAGAUGCUGGAGGAUUUAUUCGAAUACAAGCGGUGAGAUUAAAAGAAUAUCAAAGAUUUAAGCUUCAACAACAAAAAAAAUCUUAAAAAUUAAUUUAAAGAGAAACUUUUUUUUUUUUUUUGUUUAAAAGAAACAACAAUUUCACUAUCUUACUCUCUUUUAUUCAACUUAAUAUAAUAAUUCAAAAUAACUUAUAUAUCUUAAAUUAUAUAAUAUAUAGGUAUAUAAAUUGAACUUAAAAUAAUAAGAAAGAUGAAUAAAUAAUUAGGGAAUAUUUAUGAAAGGUUUUUUUUUUAAAUUAAACCUACCACAAUUACUUUCAAUUAGUUAUUAAUAGUUCAACCUUCGAAGGUAAUAAGCAUAUUUCUGGAUGUUAUAAUAAUAUAUAUAUAUGUAUAUAAUAUAUAUAUAUAUAUAUACGACAAUAUAUAAUUAUAUAUUAUAUAAUAUGUGUUACCUUGUUAAUUUUUAAUAGUAUACACAGUGAAUCUCACACAUUCAUUUCUUGUUUCACAUACAUAUUUUUUUCUAUUGUUUUUGUUUUUAUAAUUUUUUCUUAACUCGAAGGAAAACUAGAUGUGAGAUAAAUUCGCACUCGGCACUCGUUUUUUUUCUAUAUAAUAUGGAUGACUUUUUUAUUUCACAAAAAAGACAAAUCCCUUUUUUAUUGUACAUAAUAAUUUGUAAAAACUGCAAAUUAGGGAAGGUAAAAUAUACAUUAGGGGAUUUUUUCUUCUUCUUUUAUAUAAUAAUUGCUUCUGAUUGACAAAAUUUUUUGUCCUGUCCUUUUGUUAACUUUAUAUAUUAUAUAUAAAUCUAAUGUUAUACAUAUUUAUUUUAUUUAUCAUAGAGUAUCGGCAAAUACAUUUAUUAGUGGUUUUUUUAUUAAUUAUUUUAUUACUAAGUAAAAGGAAAAUUGUUUUUUUCAAAAAUUUACUGAAGCAAAAUUUUACUCUAUAGAAAUUUAAAUAUAAACUAAUUAAUACACUCUCAAAAUUAAUGAGCGUUGUUUAUGUAAAUUUUCGAAAUAAUAAUUGUCAACAAAAUAAAAAAAAACUGUUAUCAACAAAAUUUAAAAAUUUUUAAAUCUGAUAGAAAAAGGAAUUGGGAUAAAGAAUCAAAAAAAGGAGGCAAAUAAAAAUGAAAAAAUAGGUAAAGAAAUAAAUAACUAGAAAUUAUUAUAAAAGAAUCUCGUAAUUCUAUGGAAAAUGUAAAAAUUUGAAACAAAACAUAUUUUUUUAAAUUAAGAUUUGAAAUUAAAUAUUGCAAAUUAGGAAUGGAUGUAAGGAUCAAGAAAGGAUAAAAGAAAGCCCAAAUUUUUGGGAAAUUGAUAAAUACGCAGUGAAAAAAAAACACUCGUCCUUUUACUUAACAACAUCGAGGGUCUAUUUAUUUAUUCUUUUUUUUUAGCCAUUUAUUUAAAAUUAUUAUUAUUUAUGUACAACCAUUUUUUUUAACGUUCGUUUAGUUAGUAUUAUAAUAAGUAUAUAUAAUAGUAUAAUAGUAGUAAUAAGUUUUUUGUUUUAUUUUUUUUCUUUUCUGCUAAAAUUGAAAUGUGCCAUUGGAAAAUGAUGUGCGCCCGUGGAACUUAUUAUAAAAAAUUACUUCUGUUUUUUCAUACAAUGGAGUGAUUUUGGUGUUACUUAUAUACGCGUUACAUAAUUACGAUUAUCGUCGUUUCAAUUUUUUUUUCUUUAAAUCUAAACUUAGGCUUGAGAUCUCGUAGCUUACACAAUCCGUCUUUCGGCCUCUCUUAAAUAUUACAAACCUUAUCACAAUACAAUAGAGGUGUGUCUGUUUUGUUGUUUUUUAUAUUCUUUAUACAAGGGUUUUAUCUUAAGGACUGUGUGUUUAAUUGCUGCCAAUGAUUUUUACCUUUUUUUUUUAAUAUUUACAUUUAUAAACCACAUAUUUUAUACACUCUACCUAUUACACUUACACACUUGAUUAUUCACAGCAUUAUUCUAUUUUUUUCUUUUUAAAAAAAAGAGAUGAAAUUGUUAGUUUUUAUUAUUAAAAACCAAAAAUGCGAGUUUAACACGAGUUAUUAUUUUUCUCGUCUUUUUAAAAAAUAUUUUCCUUUUUAAAAGCUACAAUAAUAAUUUAAUUGAUAUAAUUUUAUUUUUAAAAAAACAGAAAACCAAAAUUUCUUUGUAGUAAAAAAAAAUGUUUAGUAAUUUAUUCUUGAGAAUCAAAUAGAAAUAAUAAAUCCCUCGAUGGGAAAAUUAUUAGAAUUAUCACGUGAAAUGAAUAAACUUUUAUAAAUUAGCUAUAACAAUUUAUUGGAAAGACAUGAAAAUUCAGUUAGAAAAUUUAAUAUACACAACUGAAUUUUUUUUUUUCAAAAAAUAUAUUGUGAAAAUUCUUAAAAAAACCCAUCGAGAAGCUCAUUGAAAUCUCUAAUUUAAUUUUUUUCACAUUUGACUAUAACUAUAUAUGGAAGAAAGAUAAAGAGAUAUUUUCCAAAGAUUUCCUUUGAUUCUCGAAUUUUUUUUUUUUUAUCGAAUAGUAUUCGAAUUUCAAAGUAUUCAAAGAAUAUAGAAAUAACUUUUCUCAAUUUUAUUUUUUAAAAAAUUAUUAAAAAUCUUGUCGACAAGUUUGUCCUUAAAAAAAAAAUAAAAAAUUAAAAUUUUUUCUUUUUGACAAUUGUAAAAAAAUGUAAUGACAUUCAAAGUUAAAACGUAAUAAAGAAAAAUCGAUGUAAAAAAAAUAUUUUUAGCAAAAAAAAAAUACGUCAGGGAAUAAAAAAAUAAAAAUGUAUAUAAAAAACGAAUUAAAAAAGAAAAAUGCAACUUUUUUUUUAAAAAAGUAAAUUUAUUUUUGAUUUUGAGCUUCAAAUACUAUUCGGGUAACGAAAUAACGAAACAAAUAACAAACUAUUUGUUACGUUCAUUGUUUUUUUUUUUUAAAGAUAGAAUUUUUCGUUAACAAAACGAAAAAAAUUGAUUUGCACCUCCAUGUUCGCAAUUUUACUUGUUCUCAAAAAAUGACUAAUUUUCCUUUUCAUAGAAUUUCUUUCUCUCAUUUAUAUUAUUUAAAUAUAAACUUUUGAUCUAAAUAUAUCUAAAUAUAACAACUACAAUAUGAUCAUAACUGAUUUACGUCGGCAAAGAAAAAAAAAACACGCGUUUUUCAUCCAUUCUGCGCUAUUUUCUAUAAAUUAUAUUGAAGUAAUCAUUAUAAACAUCAAUAAUGCUUCGAGUAAAUUUUUUUUUUCGUUAUUCAAUUUGUUUUAAUUAAAAUAAUUAUUGUUAUUAAAAAAAGACGAAAUUAAUUUUAAAAAAAUUAGUUAAUUACCUAAAUACACUUAGAAAUUUGUGCUAUAUAUAUUUUCUUUUUCUCGAAUUGAUUUUUGAGAACGAAACCUUGGUGAAAAAAAGAGAAAAAAGGAUAAUUAAUAUUUUUUUUUCACCAGGGAAGACGAGGAGAGUAAAUUAGCUACAAAAGGACCAGGACUUAUUUUUUGUUUUGUUUCAAUAAUUUAAUUAUUAAUAGCAAUCAAUCGAAGCUCAUAUAUAAAUUAACUCUGCCUCUUGCGCUCUUACAAUUAUUAUUAUGUUUAGAAAAUUUCGAGUAACACACUCUUGAAAUAAAAAUUCAUCAUUUUUCAUGUCUCUCUCUCUUCCAUUGAAAACAAAAUUUACAUCAUUUCACAAAAAACUUAUUUUUUAAUUUUCAUAUUUUAUAUAUAUAUAGUCUUUUUGUACCCUUUAUUUAUUUUUCGUCCAAUUUAUUUUGCGCCCAUUUUUUCUUGAUUGCCGAAAAAAUAUACAUUAUUAUUAUAUUGCCCCUUCGAAACGAUGCGAAGAAAGUUGAUCAUUUUUUCUUAGCCACUUGGAGAGAUUUGGGGGUGGGGAAGUGGAAGAAAAUUUGCGUUAUUUUUCUUCACGGGUAUUUUUUUCCAUUUCAAGAAUCUCCAAAAUGUAAAGGUCUUGAUUCUCAAAUUUUAUAAAAAUCGAUGCAUCCACAUCGAUAAUAUUUUCGACGCAUGUAAACUUGAAAAUAGGAACAUACGUCUGGUAAAUUCGUAGCCGACAGAGGAUUUCUUUUUUUAUGCUUAUUUAAUAAUUGACGACUUUUUUCAGUAUAUAGCAAAUCGCGCGUUUUUUUUUAAAUUUAUUUCGGAAUAAGAAAACCGAGUAAAUAACAAACGUCCACGAUUUUUUUUUUUUUUAAGUUCACAAGGAAAAAAAAAAUUUUUUUUCUUCCAUUUAUUUCGUGCACAUUUUUGUACACAUUUGGACUUAGGUUUUUCUUUUCGCUGAACUAUCACGAUUUUCACGAUUACGUUGAUUUUUUUUUCUUUAUACAAAUUAGUCGAAUUCGUAAUCGAGAAUUGAUUAAUCGUUCAAAAAAUAUAAUGAUCCACAAUAUAUAUUUAUAUAGAGCUAGUUAUUAUUAAUAAUAGAUAAUUAUUGGCAAAAAAAAGAAAAAAAAAAAAAAAAAAACAA